UUGUUGGUUCGAAAAAAAAACCCAAAAUUCAGGUUGCAAACUGCAAUUACCAAACGCCUUCCCGGAUUCGAGAGUUAAGAACCAGCACAAUCUCUCUCUCUCCCCCCAUCAAGUAUCGAAUUAAAUCUUCUUCCAACUGACAUGCCGCUUCUGCUCUCGUGAUCUCAACACCCAGAUAGUGAAAUGGCGAAAUCACAAGGCAUCACAGUUUCUCCUCCUGCGCAGCAGCAAGGAAGCAAGAAUGUUCAGACUGGACGUCCCCAGAAUAUACUCACCUUAAGCUUGACUAAAGGAAAUACAACCUAUGAUGAAUUUAAACAUGGAUUCCCAUCUGAUGGCUUAUCCACUGCAUCCAAUAAAUGGUGGGGAAGCAAUAGCCCUGAUGGUUAUGAGAGCGUUCGUGGACAAGGAGCUGAGACUGAUGAAGGCAAGAAACAUCAGUCGGAAAAAUUGGCAGAUGAUGGUGCAAGUUCAACUGUAGUGGACAGAGAGAAAUGUGAAAGUGGGAAAGAAGAGAACAUUAGUUCCAAAGGAACAGAUUUACUGAUGGCUGUGAGAAAAAGGAGUCUGGAAGAAGGGCAAAAAGCACUUAAGCUUGGUGUUUUCAGGGGUUAUGGUGCAAAGAAGCUAGGCAGAAGGGAGAGGGCAUUGCUUCUCCGAAUAUUCAAAUCUUCAACACCAGAGCAAUGGAUUCAUGAAUUCUCUUAAAUCGGAGUUGGACUGCCCUGGACAUUAUAGAUUAUGUAUAAUUCAUGUUAGGUUACACAGUUCUUUCUUUCGACAUGAUUGAUAGCUAUAUUGAAUUCUCAAUCUGAAUGGCAUUUUCUUUUUUUAUUUGGCCUCA